CAAUACAUUGAGGGCGAAGGAAAAGCCCUCCAGUGGCUGGUUGAGAAAUGUGGUAACAGGUAUCAUGUUUUCAACAACAAAAGCAAAGGAGAUGGGUUCCAAGUCACGAUGAUGCUGGAGAAGAUCGACGAAAUGCUUGCAGGAAACAGAGAUCACCUUUACGAAAAAGAUGAGAAGAUAUUUCUGGAGUUGGAAAAGAGGAGAAGUGCCGACAAAGGGAGGGCAAGAGACAGAGCAUUGAAAGUCCAGAAACAGCGAAAGGUGCUGAGAUCACUUGUUGAGAUGGUCAAAGUUCCCACUGACCUGAAGAUCACAUUACUUGGAGGAAGACACUCUGGCAAGAGCGCCGCUGGAAACACAAUCCUGAGCAGAGAGGAGUUUGAAGUCGGUGGCCAUGACAUUGAUUUGGUUGAAAAAAGGGGAGAUGUGACUGGAAGAGAGUUAACAGUCAUAAAAGUUCCGGCCCUGGACUCUGUGGCGCUGGAGAAACACAACUUUAUGGAGGAACUAUCGCUCCAUGCCAACGGGUGUGGUGUCGUCCUGUUAGUUGUGAACUGUAGUUCCUCAUUCCACAAUGUGGAAUUUAAAGCAACAGUAGCACGCCUCUCUGCACUUGGGACACAGCUGUGGCACCGCACCAUGGUUCUCUUCACCAAUGGCGACUGGCUGGGAGGCACCACCAUAGAGCGGCACAUCGAGAGUGAAGGGGAACCGCUUCAAAAGCUGGUUGAGAACUGUGGAAAUAGAUACCACGUUCUAGACAACAAGAACCGAGAUGACACGGGCCAAGUGUCAGAGCUUCUGGAAAAAAUGGAGGAAGUGCUUGUGCUGGUGAGGCUCAACGACCAAAAGCACAAGGAUGCUGUAGACGCGACUCUUAUAGGACUCUCAGCAAAAUUAGAAAAGAUUAAGACAAGUAAUAAUCCAGGCGCAACUGAGGGCAUCUCUCUCACACAAGACAGGUUUCCUGUUGAGAAUGCAGAAGUUUUUGUCUCUGAGUCUCCAAAUGUAUCGGACAUCAGCCCUGCACAAGAAAGGCCUGAUGGACUGGCUGGGUCUGCAGGUGAACGAUGCAUGUGUGACACAAUGGUGGCAGCGAGAAGCUCUUCAGCCGUUGUACAGAUAAAUGACGGUUGGCAGUGGCCCUCAGCGAAUGCCAGAAGAAGGGUGCUGGUAGCAAAUGUUCCAGAGUGGUUGUGCUCAGGAGUCUCACAGGGUCCUAGAGGGUUGGAAUCCAAUGGUUGGACUCGUGUUUCCACAGACGGGAGCCUUGCUUGGCUUGUGAUCACUCCUGUGCCACAAAGGCGGUCCCGCAUGCUGCUCGAAAAAGGAGAUGCUGAACAGGGGAUGAACUGUGUUGAAAGCCCAUCGUUCCCUACUAAGCAACAUGACCAAAGAGACCUGAAAGGAUUUACCGGGUCAGGAAGCCUCCAAGCGCUAAUAGAUGAAUGGGGAGACAGUAAUAUCGAGGAGCUAGAGGCCUUCAUAGACUCUUACUUAGAGAUGGUCUUGCAGGAUUCAGUAGAAUCAGCCUUAACAGAGCCGAGCAGUCCUGACACCAGCUGCUCUGUCAAACAUAGCGGUGUGUGUGUGGUUGAAGCUUGCCAUGAGGUUCUAUCAUCUAUUGACAGGAAACUCUCUAAGCUUAAUUUGAUUGAUGGAAUGCAAAGGGACAUACAUGAGCUGAAGUCCACUUUGGAACGGAGCACCAAGAUCAUUCAGGAUCUUAUGGACCCGGGUAGACAAACAGCAGACAACUCUGUGUCCAAACAGGCAAAGGGACAAUCUGAGGACAACACCUGAAAAGAAAGAUAAAGUAUGGGCUCUCCCUUUUAAGACAGCUUUUUGACAAGACGUUUUUUUGAUAUUUCAUAAUUGGCUCUCCAAUAGCCACAUUUACAUAAUCUGAUUAGAAGACCCCUCAAUUGGAAUAAAAAUGCCUCAACUGAUCAGUAAUCGUAAUGAAAGAGGUGGUGUAGUCUGUUCCUUUUCCAAUUGAAUAGCCACAGUAUGGUCAAUCGGAUUGGCUGCUGUGUCAAGGAAAUGUGGGCAACAACAGCUACUAUUCCGAUCAAAGAUUCUAAAGCUCUUGAGAGAAGCCCAUGUAAACAGACAGCACACAUUUUUCAAUCAGAAUAGUUUAUUGGAAUGACAAAAACUGUCCAUAUAAACAUGGAUAAUGACUGCUUCAGGUGAUUAAUUGCACAUGCUUUUUCAUGAGCAAAUUGGAUUGUAUUAAUUGUCCUACCUGUGUUUUUCAUACUUUUGCUGUCAUUAGUAGACCCUUUUAUAAGAUACAUGUAAGACAUGUCAAUGUAAGACAUUGAACAUAUGUAUUUAUUGUGUAUUGUGAAUUGGUCCAAAUUAAACAUAGCCUAUAAUGUUAUUCACAUAUGAAAAUAUGUCCAGUUGCUAAUUUCUUGUGCUUAGGCUUCUGAAGACUAAUUGC